UACGACCCAAGCAGCCGUGAGAUAGGGAGCUCCAGUUAGCGUUCGCUUCCGCCGAGUCCAGCCUCAUGCAGGCUCUGAUUGGCUAGCUGAUGGUAAGCGCGGAAAUCCAUUACUGUUUAAAAAAGCUGGGCUUGCGUGAGGGCGGAAGUGCUUCUUUUACAGACGCCGUAGUAAGGGCGGAAGUAGGUGCCUCAGCGGAAGUGGCGCCAGUAAGGGCGGGCAGUGUGGCAGGGGUACGGGCUGGGGUGGGGUCCCUGGGCUGCCGCCCACUGUGGGCUGCCGCAAUGGAACUGAGCGUCGAGUGCCUCCGGGAGAAACUACAGCGGGAGCUGGAAGCUGAGCACGUGGAGGUGGAAGACACGACUCUCAACCGUUGCGCGUCCAGCUUCCGAGUCCUGGUAGUGUCCUCGAAGUUCGAGGGGAAGCCGCUGCUACAGAGACACCGGCUUGUGAAUGCGUGCUUAGCAGAGGAACUCCCGCACAUCCAUGCCUUUGAGCAGAAGACGCUGACCCCAGAGCAGUGGACCCGUGAACGGCAGAAAUGAGGGGCUGGGACCUGCACAGCCAUUAAACUGUCAAUCAAGACC